CUGGAAAAUUACUGGUUUUCUUACUUGAGUAAGCUUGUCACUACGUAUUUCCAGUAUUUUGGUACGCAGUGCCUUUCCGGUACCGGCUCAUUACGUGCUGGAGCUGAGUUUUUGGCUCGAGUUCUCGGUUACAAGACUGUUUAUCUGAGUAAUCCAACUUGGGGUAAUCACAAGCUGGUGUUCACAAACUCUGGCUUCGACAAGAUCUGCGGUUAUACUUAUUGGGAUCCUGUCAAUAGGAGAGUAGACAUCGAUAAGGUGCUUAGCGACUUGGAAAAUGCGCCGGAAAAAUCAGUUGUUAUUCUUCAUGGAUGCGCUCAUAAUCCGACUGGUAUGGAUCCCACACAAGAGCAGUGGAAGCGAAUUUGUGAUGUCAUUAAGCGUCGCCAUCUCUUCCCGUUCUUCGACAUCGCCUACCAGGGUUUCGCAUCUGGAAAUCCCGAUACUGAUGCGUGGGCUAUUCGAUAUUUUGUCGACCAGGGUUUAGAAAUGCUGAUAGCUCAGUCGUUUGCGAAGAACUUCGGAUUGUACAAUGAGCGUAUUGGUAACCUCUGUGUUGUUGUGAAGGAUCCAUCUGGUGCUUCCCGGAUACAAAUCCCAGAUGUCCUUAAUUAUCAGGGCCAACUGGUCCAAUCCUCCUUGUCAUGGCGCUCGUAUAGUUCACAAGGUACUAACGACGCCAGCAAUGCGAUCACAGUGGGACGAACUAUGUCGUCGAGGAUCAGGCAGAUGCGUGAGGCUCUUCAAAGCCAUCUAGAGAAGCUUGGAACACCCGGUUCAUGGAGUCAUAUAACGCAACAGAUCGGAAUGUUCAGCUACACUGGUCUCAACGCUGCUCAAGUAGACCAUCUGGUGAAGAAGCACAAGGUGUUCCUGUUGAAGGAUGGACGUAUUAGUGUGUGCGGUCUGACAACGAAAAAUGUCGAGCAUGUGGCAAAAGCCAUCGAUGACGCCGUUAGAAAUGUAACCAAUUCUAACUUGUAG